AGCCGCUACUUCAAUCCAGCUUUAGCCGCCCACCCUUGGGUUAAAUCCACUGACGCAAUUUCUUCGUCUCCGAGCCGUCGCGAUGCAUCGCAGUUAGGGCUAACUGGAAACUACCAUCUCUCUCUUUUCGCACCGUUCAAUGGCGGGAUCGAGUCAAACAACGAUCUGAAGCUACCAUCUUUCUCUCUUUUCGCACCGUUCCUAACUCAAACAUGGAGGCAGAAGAUGAAGAAAGGUAACACCCGUUAGGGAUACAACUGCCGCCGCAGCUUCUGCUUCUCUCACAUUACCGGUGCCGCAAAAUUUCUCUGCCCUAACCCGUCGUCGUCUGCUCUAUCGCUAUCGAGGCAUCUUCUGAUGGCACCUUCAAAGGAAGACUAUGUAGACCACUACGCUGUUCUCGGUCUACCGUCCGGCGAGGAAGGAUCAAAGCUUUCAUUAAAAGAAAUCAGAAAAGCUUAUCGGAAGCAAUCUCGCUUCCGCCAUCCGGACAAGCGCCCCGAUGAUCCUAACGCCACUGCAGAUUUCCAGCUUCUGACCUCCUCCUUUGAGUUUCUCCUUGACAAGGCGAAACGCUCUGAUUUCGAUGCAAAACUCCGAGCUCGACGUGAACAGGUCGUCCGCGAUUCAUUCCAGGACGCAAAGCGCCGGAAAAUGGCCACUGAUCUUGAGGAGAGGGAGCGAUCUGCAGCGGUGGCUGUUGAUCCGGCUGAGGAGGUCCGGCUGAAGGAGAAGAGGAAGGCGGAUGAGCUGAAAAAGGAGAUUGCAGAAUUCAAAGCUAAGAAGGCCUCCGAGUCGGUUUGUGGGCAACAAAAUGGAGAAAGUAAGGUAGGGGGAGAGAACGCAGGAGGAAGUUUGGAUAAAGGGAGGACACUGAAGGUUUCUUGGGAGCCAAGUGCUGGAGAUUAUGGUGCUGCCAAGCUACGUGGAAUAUUUGAGAGUUUUGGCAUAGUUGAGGAUGUUGUGAUCCGGUCAAACAAUUCAAAGAAGAAGGCAUCAGCUUUUAUUGUAAUGGCUUCCCGAGAAGCUGUGGUAAGAGCGGUACAAAGUAUGAGCGGGGAAAUAAGAAACCCAUUGCUUGUUCUUCCGCUGGAACCCAUUGCACCUAUGUUUUCAGAUACCGCAUCUACAAAUCAGAACGAGAGCAUGGGCCCUGGAAUUAACAAUGUUGUAGGAGUUGGCUUUCAAGAUUAUGAGGCAUUUGUGAUGAAAAAACUUCAGGAGGCCAAUGAAAAGAAGAAAUGCAUGAGAUAGUAUGAGAGAAUUAUUUGCGUUAAUGGAAAAAUACUGGCACAUAUAUGACUUCAUAUCUUCAUGGCGGGCAUUCACAUACUUGUAGGAUAUUUAUCAUGAUCCACAUUGCUUAGCAAGGUUUAUGAGAAUGAUAAUCAUGUCUGAUGUGACAGUCAAGAAUUAUCUAAAGCUCUGUGGCUCAAUAACAUGUUUUCUGAAGAUCUGGUGUCUUUUCUGCGUGAAGAUUCAAUAACUAACUUAAGCAGGCGAAUGUGAGUUGUAUGUGCUCAACUAGGUGGUUAUAUUUAAACUUCAUUGGGACAUUUACAUAC